UUUAAUUAUCCUUAUUUUGCAUUCUUUGUUUAGUGUCUAGCAUGUAAGUCGCGUUAUUCAUAACACUUUAAUAAAGUCACUAAAAAUUUUACUUGUUUACAAAAACACAGAAACUAAAACUCGAAGUUACAAGCAAACAUCUCCAGCAACAACCACCCAACUAAUAGGCACAAUACCCAACCACAACUUGUCGCAUCUGCUCUGUAUACUCUAGUCUAUGCGUUGCCUCCACGCGCGGUCCACUACUCAGUGUACACCAAUCACCCGGCGAGCUCGCACGCCCCUCCCCACUCUCUCCUCACGCGAACUUUAACCAAACUUUACAAAACAAAAAAAUAUUUACUUUAGAAGAAAAAAACAUAUUUUUGAUACAAAAGUUAUAAAGUGAAGAAGUGCCUUUGUAGUGUAUUUUGAUAAAAGUGAUGUGACAAAACAUGAAUGGAGUUAUAGUUAAUUCGGAGGUUGGAAAAGAUGCUGCUCUUGUUGAGAGACACUCAGCAGUGGACGUGUCUAACGGUGGCAACAGAGAACAUGAGAGGAACCGGUGGCAGCCGCCAGACAGCGACAGGCUGUCUACAUACCCAGCGACAGGCGACCGCUCAACUCUCCUCCGCUCCCACGCGGCCAAGUCCGCCGAGUGCGGGCAGGGGUCGCCGCGACCGCGCCGAGCGCCGCGCGAGUCACGCCGCGUGUCGCUGGCGCAGGCCUCGGGCUAUGUGCAGCUCAACCAGUAUAGGUUGCUCGAGCCCAUUGGACAGGGCUCAUACGGGAUUGUCAAGUUAGCCUACAAUGAAGAGGAUGACACGCACUACGCAAUGAAGAUCCUCUCCAAACGCAAGUUAAUGCGGCGCGCGGGCCUGUUCGGGCGAGCACCGCCGCGACGCCCGGGGCCCGGGCCGCCGCCCGACCCACUGCAGCGGGUGUACCGGGAGAUAGCCGUGCUCAAGAAACUUGAUCAUCCUAAUGUUGUCAAGCUGGUUGAGGUACUAGACGACCCGGCAGAAGACCACCUGUACCUGGUGUUCCAGCUGCUGGAAGGUGGCCCCGUCAUCGACAUACCCACUGACAACCCACUGAGUGAACACCUCGCGAGGAAGUACAUCAGGGAUGCCCUGCUAGGGGUGGAGUACUUACACUAUCAACGCAUAGCCCACCGCGACAUCAAGCCAGCGAACCUGCUCCUCGGUGAGGGGGGGGUGCAGGUGGCAGACCUGGGCGCCUGCGGGGAGCUGGCGGCGGCCGGCAGGGUGUCCGGCACGGUGGGCACGCCGGCCUUCAGGGCUCCGGAGGCGGCUGCGCCUGCUGACAAGUACAGUGGAGAGGCAGCAGACAUCUGGUCUCUAGGAGUGACACUCUACGCGAUGGUGACGGGCAAGGUCCCCUGGGUGGGCAGUUCCGCCGUGGAGCUGCAGAGGAAGGUCCUAGCAGAACCACUGACCUACCCCCCCAGGUUUCAGCCCUCCAAGCAACUGCGGCAUCUUCUUAGUAGAAUGCUGGACAAGGAUCCUAGUACUAGGGCUAAUCUGCAAGAGGUUAAGGAUCAUGAAUGGAUAACGGACGGAGGAAAAGACCCUCUGCCUUCAGAACAGGAGAACUGCCGACUGGUAGAGGUGACGGACGAGGAUAUGGCUCAAGUCGUCACCUCCAUCCCCAACCUGUCCACGCUCAUACUCAUCAAAACUAUGCUUAAGAAGCACAGCUUUCAGAACCCCUUCCUCCGCAGUAGGGAAGGCAGCACAUCUCGAAGAGAAUCAACCAGCGCGCGUGGUGAGAACUCCGAGAAACCCACGGCAGCUACCAAGCGAGGGGGGUUGGCGAGAGCUGGCAGGUCGCUGUCUGCUCCUGGGAACUAUCUUACUGAAAGUAGGCAAUCUUCUUUCGACAUUGGCCUGGAGUCAGUCCAAGAAUCCCGCGAUCAAAGCCAGGAUGCGACCGCUAAGAGUCCGGUAGAGAAUGAGAACACAAGCGCACGGUGAUACUCUCCCCGCGCGGCGCACCCACCUGCCGCCGCCGACCAAUGGCUCGUCCGUAUUCGCAUCGUGUUCGAAUUCGACUAGCCAAUUGGAUAUCGGGAUUGCUGCCACUUUAAUCAAAGUUUUACCAGCGUAAAUAAUUCGUUCGUACUUGAAAUGCAUUGAAUUGAUAUUUUUUUAAUAAAUUUUAAAUGUAUCGUUGUCGUCAAAAUCCGAACAGCAUCAGGCUGCUAUGUGAUUUAUGUAAAAAGAAGGAGUUCCGCUGUUUCAGAUUUUGACGUCAGCUUCUAGAAGAAACUUAAACUUUUCACUUAAAAUUACUAAUUCAUUCAUCAGCUAGUCCUAUUCACUUAAUAUUGUAAAUAUUUUUAACUAACAUUUGUCCUCUUUGACUUAAACAGCACUUACUUAAAUAUUUUUAAUAAGAUAAGUAUUUAGAUUUACCACGAGGCUGCCUCGCUGUCUCGCUAGAAGCUCAAUCGGCUUAGAGCAUAUUGUGCAGCUAGAGAGCAAUAUUUACUCUAAUUCUUGUAACAUUUUACUCUUGAAUUUAUUAUAAAGUGAUGCCUCGCAUGUUCGUGUUGUAACAAACAAAAUGUUGUGCAGAACACGACAGAACCCUGGCUGUUUCAACAAGAUAAAGUGUUGCCAUGUGUAACGCGCGGGAGGCGAGGCGGCCCGGUACCGAGCAAACUUUUACAAAGGCCGUUAUACUGUAAAUAUUUAAGCAUAUUUUUAAUAUUAAUUCAUAAAAAAAUUGCUCAAUGCUUGUUUGAUAUCGUUGUACAUAUUAUAAGCUUUUAGGUUAAACAUCUGUUUUGUGAAAAUACGAACUAUUUACAAUGAGCUUAUUCAUGUUUAUAUUUCGCGUAGUCUUGAUUUUACGUAAAAUUAUAUCUCAGAGUCAAAAGCAUCCCUCGGGAUAUGAACAUUUAGAUUUUAUUACACCUACUUUAUGUGUUAGCUAGAGAUUAAAUCUCUUCUAUUUGUUCAAAAUUAUUCAUCGCUCUCGCAGAUCAGGAAAAUUUUGGAAAAUACUUUUCCUUCCCUAUUUUCCCGUAAUAUUGCCCAUUGUAACGUAUUUUGUAUUUUUACGAAACCUUUGUUUUUAAUUAUUAACAUUUUAAGUCUAGGGGUCGUUGGGCAAUUUCCAAUUUAUAUUGACGAGUAUCAAUUUAACAAUCAUUGAAAAUAUGCCAUUUGCAAUGCAGAUAUUGCCUCGUUUGAGUUUUACAUUUUCCAGAAUUUAUUUAAAUCCUCCAUAAAGGCUAUUGAUAUUGCAAUUUCGUAUGCAGGUGAGUUUUAUGAAAUGACUUGUUAAUGUGCGCGUAUUCCGGCCGCUUCUAUCGAAUAUUCUAGACCUCCGUGUACAGGGGUCGUUGGUUCAGUUUGUGGUCUGUGGUCAGUACCUAACAGAAGGAUAUGAUCCGGAAUUAUUGAUUAAACCUCAUGCGGUUGAAUAUUAGUUACGCCUAAAAUUAAAUGUUGAGUUUAAAUAAUAUUAUGCUCGUAGUAAUUGGCCCAAACCUGAUAAGUUUAUUAUGAUUUUUUUUACCAUUGACAUAGAACAAAUGUAGAUUAAAGUAAGUAGGUAUAUAUAAAAUUGCCCAAGCCCCUAGACAUUUUGCGCCCUGAGUACAGGUAACUGCGUGUAAAUAGCGAGCAGCUACGUUUAUAAGAGAUUGACCAAUUUUCACUGUCAAAUUAAUUUCAAUUAUAUUGACCAUCUAUUGAGUCGAGAGCGCAUUUAUACUCUGUGCAUUGUGACAGCCAGACGUUUAUGUCAAGCGGAAAUUAUGGCGCGAAAUACGUACAAAAUGGCGGAAGUUAUUGACAAAUUCAGGUGUUCGAUUGUGGCAAUAAUUUCGAGGAAAUUUCGCUGUUGCGGUCGAGUUUUAGUACUUAUUGAAGUAACAACGUUCCAAUGUUGUUUUUAUGUACAUUUGUGGCGUCUAUUUUGGUUUGUUUAUUUGAAUUGUGAGUAUCUCGCGAAGCGGCCAUUUCAUUGAUUUAUGAAACAAUAUUUACAAUAAGUAUCCCGCCCCUUUAUUUAAUGUUAAUCACAUUCAUGAUAGCAAUGCACAGAUUAUAAAUAAAUCAUAGAUAAGGUGCAUGUUAGUGUACAGGGUCCCGAUCACCGAAGUACUUACGAUUUUUGUGUAAAAUAAGUAAAAUAAAAAGUUUUCUAUUAAAUAUUUUAAUUAACAAAUUUGUCCAAGCUUAGAUAUUAGGUGAAAGGAAUUUUAUUGUACACGUUUUGCUGCGAUGUUCUCUGACGGACACUUUAACAUUCUUUCUCGAACGAUUUCAUGAAAUUAACUGAAAAAAAGCUUGGCUGACAAAAUGGUGUAGCUUGCAAAACUUAAAGUAGACGCUUAUUUUUAUCAUGCUUAAUUGAACUCGCUCAACUUUUAACUUCAUCACAGUUUUUAAUCCCUUAGCAGCACAGGAAAACAUUUUUGCAAUCCUGUUAGCAUUUAACCUGUAGCACAAACUCAAAGACAAUUUCUGCAUUUAAUAUUGUUUUUUAUAGAACCGAGAUAUUAUUAUAUUUAAUUAUAGUAAAAUGUUAAAGUGUCUAGCAACAUUUAAUAGCCCUCGCUAUUAAAACAGUGUUCCGAAAUAGACUAAAUAAAAAUAUAUUUUUAUUUUCCCCUUACAAUAAGUAAUUAUUGACUGUGGCAACUCAGCCAUUAACGUUUCUUUGAGGAAAAUUGAUUAAUCAAAUAUUUAACAAUAUCAAAAUAUUAAUCAAUUUAUUUCAAAGGAUUUUAUUACAAAUAUUUUGUAAUCAUCAAGAUUUAUGUUAUGAGGGUGUACAAGUAUAUCUUUGUGAAAUAUUCCAAGAUUUUAUUAACAUUUACCUCCAUGACAUUCUUGUGUUUUAGGCAUUUUGCACGCUCUGUUGGCCCGUCAAAAAUGGAGAUUAUUUCAAAUUA